GAUGGGAGGUGGACCAUCACAUGACAGUCUGGGGUUUCCCUCUAGAUGCACCAGCGAACACGAAGCCGCAGUCCGCAACUGGUUGCGCCGGGUCCAGGUCUAUUCCCGGUCCAGGUCCAGUCCCUAGUCCCAACGAACAUCUAUCAUGUCAGCUUCGUGCUUCAGUUCGGUUCACUUCCUGUAAACAAACGCACGUUCCCUUGGAAGCUUCCGGCUAACCAAUAGCUAGGCUAAGCGCAGGGCUAGCGCUCCAGCAGUGACAGGAGUCCCUGCAGUCCCUGUAGUCAGGGUCCCUGUCCGGCUCCGGACGGCCUGGUGUCCCGGCGGAGGCGGACUAGACUACCGUGGAGCGGUUCGCCCGGCAGCAUGGGCGACGAGCCGGCGAUGAACGGGGACCUGAACGCUAACGUUAAGACCCGGUGCUCUGCAACCGGAGACCCGGUACUGGACCAGCGGACUGAUCAGUGGCUGUCCUGGGACAAGAACCCGCAGACCCGCGGGCAGGUGGAGGUGCUGCUGGAGCAGGGGAGCAGCGAGGAGCUGAGGAGGAGGUUCAGCUCCCGGAUGGCGUUUGGAACCGCCGGUCUGAGGGCACCCAUGGGUGCUGGCUUCUCGUUCAUCAACGACCUGACGGUCAUCCAGACCACACAGGGGUUGUACGUCUACCUGUCCAGGUGUUUCUCGAACCUCGGUACCAGAGGCGUGGUGGUGGGGUUCGACACCAGAGGUCAGGAGGCCAGCGGCUGCACCAGUGAACGGCUGGCCAGGCUGACGGCGGCCGUGCUGCUCAGUAAAGACGUUCCAGUGCUGCUCUUCUCCACCUACGUCCCCACACCAUUCGUGGCUUACUCUGUAAAGAAGUUUGGAGCUGCAGCAGGGGUCAUGAUCACCGCCUCACACAACCCCAAAGAAGACAACGGCUACAAGGUGUAUUGGUGUACAGGAGCGCAGAUCUCCUCCCCUCACGACAAGGAAGUUCUGCGGUGCAUCGAGGAGAGCGAGGAGCCCUGGAGUGAUGCAUGCUGGGACGCCGGACUAGCUGACCGCUCCCCUCUGAAGACGGACCCCCUGGUGGAGGUGACCAGCAGCUACAUGGAGGAGCUCAAAGACCUCUGCUUCCACAGGGAGCUGAACCUCUGCUCUCCGCUGAGAUUCGUCCACUCUGCGUUCCACGGCGUGGGGCAUCGCUACGUCCAGCAGGCCUUCAGCGUGUUCGGCUUCCCCCCGCCCAUCUCCGUCCCGGAGCAGAGGGACCCCGACCCAAACUUCUCCUCCCUGCGCUGCCCCAACCCUGAGGAGGGCCACUCUGUGCUGGAGCUGUCUCUUCGUCUGGCGGAGAGCGUUAGCGCGCGGAUUGUGCUAGCGACGGACCCUGACGCCGACCGCCUGGCCGUCGCAGAGCUGCUACCAGGGUCGGACUGGAAGGUGUUUACUGGGAACGAGCUGGCUGCCCUGCUGGGAUGGUGGAUGUUGUUCAACUGGAGGGAGAGGAACCCCCCCCCCGCGGACCCCAGCAGCCUCUACAUGCUGGCCACCUGCGUCUCCUCGCGCAUCCUGAGGACGAUGGCGAAGCAGGAGGGCUUCCGCUUCGAGGAGACGCUGCCUGGGUUCAAGUGGAUCGGUAAGAGGAUGGUGGAGCUGAGCGACGCCGGACACCAGGUCCUCUUCGCCUUCGAGGAGUCAAUCGGGUUCCUGUGCGGGGCCAUGGUUCCUGAUAAGGACGGGGUGAGUGCGGCCGUGGUGGUGGCAGAGAUGAGCUCCUACCUUCAGACCAAGCAGCUCAGCCUCACCCAGCAGCUGCACUCCAUCUACCAGAGGUACGGGUUCCACGUGUCCAGGACGUCCUACCUGCUGUGUGACCACGCCCCCACCGUGCUCCGCAUCUUCAGUCGGAUCCGGAGCUACGAGGACGGCUCGUACCCGCGCUCCUGCGCCGGUCACCGGGUCGUCUGCGUCCGGGACGUUACCGUGGGUUACGACAGCAGCCAACCAGACCACAGAUGUACGCUUCCAGUCACCAAGAGCAGCCAGAUGAUAAGCUUCACUUUAGCCAACGGUAUCCGCGCAACGCUGAGGACCAGUGGAACCGAGCCCAAGAUCAAAUACUACUCCGAGUUCUGCGCUGAGCCCGGAGAAAGGGAGGUGUCUGGUUUGGAGGCGGAGCUCGAGGAGGUGACUCGAGUUCUGGUGGCGGAACUCCUGGAGCCUGAGAAGAACCUCCUGAUUGGCCGAUUAGCCUGAUCGUAUCUCUCUCUGUCUCUGUCUCUCUUUGUCUGUCUGUCUGUGUGUGUGUGUGUGUCUCUGUGUCUCUCCCCUCCCUGGGAGGCUGAAGGAUUAUAAUAGCACUAGGCUCAUAGAGCAGGUGAACCUUCAGGGUCCUGAUGUAGUCACAGAGCCCUCCCCCUCCUUCAGGGUCCUGAUGUAGUCCAUCCCCCUCCCCCUCCUCCUUCAGGGUCCUGAUGUAGUCAGAGUCCCUCUCCCUCCCCCUCCUCCUUCAGGGUCCUGAUGUCGUCCCUCCCCCUCCCCCUCCUCCUUCAGGGUCCUGAUGUCGUCAGAGUCCCUCCUCCACCUCCUCAUGGUGGUGUUGUGUUUGACGUAGCGCUGCUCUAGCUGUCCCUGUAGUUCCACUCCUGCCUCAGACUGUCUGAAAGGCUUAUUUAUUUUUCUAUGUACAUAUCUAAAGCACAAGGUGAGCGAUGGGCUGUUGUUUAGAUCGCUGAUCGCUGGUCAAUGUGGGGUCUUAGUGGACGUACCAAAGUGUGGCUGGACUAGGGAAGAGUUCUGAUUUGAUACAGAUUAGACAUUAUAUAAUAUAAGACAAGUGUUGUUGACUAGACUGAAUGUAAGAACCGAUGGCCGAAUGCUGGUGCUCCUCAAAUAAAACCAAAUGAAGCCACAAUGAA